AUGAUCAGACCGCGUGUACUUCGGAGGCGUCUCAACGAUGGCCAACACCGUCUGCCACUCGUAGGCUUCGGCUGUUGGCGUAUAAAUCACGACCGAGUCUGGUCACUCGGGUCGUGGCUGUUCAACGACGAUAACCGAGCGGCUCGUGUCAUCUACGAAGCCAUCAAACUUGGCUAUCGAUAUAUAGACGGCGCAUACUUUUACAACAUCGAGAAAGCCAUUGGUUAUGCUCUGCGCCGAGCAUUUGCCGAUGGAUUAGUCAAAAGGGAACAAAUGUUUAUUACAACCAAAGUCUGGAAUAACUUUCACAGUAGAGAUCGGGUGAUCGAGAAUCUGAAGAUAUCGCUCCGGGAACUGGGACUCAGUUAUGUCGAUAUGGCUCUCAUUCAUUGGCCGACCGGGUUUUCAAAUGGCGAUAAUGUGUUUCCUAUGUACUGCAAUUUGUCAAAUAUUCCUAGAGAUUGGGAGCCAAAUAGCUAUUUGGAGACGUGGGCCGGUAUGGAGGAUGCCCUACAGUUAGGACUUACCAAAACAAUAGGUGUGGCCAAUUUUAAUAUAAAACAAUUACAAACAUUGUUACAAAACUCUAAUAUCAAACCAGUUGUUAAUCAGGUUGAAUGCAAUCCAUACUACAAUCAAAUAAAAAUGUUAGAGUUUUGCAAAAACAAUAGCAUUUUGAUGACAGCCUACUCACCACUUAGACAGGGAUACGAUCUGUUAGAAGAGCAACAGCUUAGGGAAAUAGCCGGAAAUCAUAACAAAACUGUAGCCCAGGUAGCUCUCCGAUGGAAUAUACAGCGAGGUGUGGCUGUUAUACCGAAAACUGUAAACCCUAUACAUAUGCGACAAAAUAUCUAUAUUUUUGAUUUCAAUCUAACCGAUCAAGAAAUGCAAAUCAUUGAUGGAUUGAAACAACGACCCAAACUGUUAACACUGGGAACAGCUAGAAGUCAUCCGGACUACCCGUUCACAGAUGGCGUAUAA